CUUCGCAUAGCCGAGGCAGUUGGUGUUAAGUUAACCGUAACCUGUUCUACUACGAAGAAUAGGAAACUGUUCGAGAGACAUAACCUUCCCAACUUCCCGAAUACUUUCGACGAUGUUUUUUAGACGGAACAUUGGUGUUUUAUCCACGGACCCGAAGACUGAGUUAAGGAAACUUCGGACGAAGAUGCAUGGUUAUGGGAUGGGACCGGGUUUGGAAUGGUCCACGGAGAAUUGGCCGGGGUCGCCGGGCGAGCCGAUCCGCGGCACGAUCGAGCGAGCCGAUCCGCGGCACGAUCGAGCGAGCCGAUCAGCGGCACGAUCGAGCGAGCCGAUCAGCGGCACGAUCGAGCGAGCCGACUGGCAACACGGCCAUGCUCGCCGGGCGAGCUGGUCCGUGUCACGGCCGAGCUCGCCGGCGAGUCGACUGGCAACGCGGCCGUGCUCGCCGGGCGAGCUAGCCCGUGUCACGGCUGAGCUCACCGGUGACUCGACCGGCAACACGGCCGUGCUCGCCGGGCGAGCUGGCCCGUAUCGCGGCCGAGCUCGCUGGGCGAUCCGUUUCGGCUGUUCGUUUUCUCAGCUUUUGAAGUUUUGACCGAGAUUCGGUUUUUCUAAGGACUUUCGGACAUCGAUUCCGUCGUGACCGAUUUUGACCCCAACAGUUAGCCCCCCAGCUAGCUAGGAUCCGUGGACCUGGGUGUUAGGUCCUAGCUUGCGGUAUGGUGUGUUCUAAGUGGAAUUUAGACGUAAUCGUUUGUCGAAAGAUCGAAGGUAAAUAGUAAAAAAGAAAAAAAAUUGUAUAAAUUAGGGAAGUAAGUUUUUCAAAUUCUUUACUCACUUCUUCCCUUAAGAAAAGAUUUCUCCAAGAUAGGAAUUUUUUCUCCAAGAUCUCUCUUUGCUCAAAGAAAAUGUCUUCAAGAAAAGGAUCUUCAAAGAGAAAUUCUUCCUCACACUCAUCUUCGGGUGACUCUUCUGCCAAUGAGGUGAUCGCUCCGAAAGAAGAGUUCGAAGUUGAGGAAGAAGCAAAGGAUGCGUACUACAAAGCUCUUUGCGGCUCGCCUCCGCCUUCGCAAGACAUUCCGAUUCCUAAGAGGCCCGUGAGGUCGCCAAACGCACCCCUUGUACUGAGCAUGGUCUCUUCCGACUACCUCACGACUCUCAGGGACUUUUACCAGAUCCCAAGUGGAGUCGUAUUUCGGAUCCCGAAUGGCAACGAGAGUGCGGAGAACCCUCCGGAAGGUUUUUUUACUUGCUACGAGGCCUUCCUGGUGUAUUGCCGUAUGUGGUUUCCGAUCCCUGGUACCAUCGUCUGCGCGCUUCGCCACAUUGGGCUUUUGAUCAGCCAGCUAAGCGUUCCGGCCUUGCAGCAUUGGCUUGGCAUGUUGAUCUUGAGUUAUGAGCUAGGAAUGGACCUUAGCCCUGGCGACUUCGAGGGAUUUUGGUUUACGAGAGGAACGGGGAUCGAUGGCUCAUACCGCAUGGCGCCAAAGAAGGGUAUGGCUAUAAUUCAGGGGCACACUUCACAUCCUAAGGCAUGGUUCAAGCGCUUUUUCUUUGUUCGGAUAGAUGGGGAGUCUGUCGAGGAGAGCUACCUCCACCUAUUCCGUCGGGAGUGGAACUUCACCCGUGUGAACAAGAUCCUUCUGCCGACUCCUGCCGAUCUUUUUGCCAAGCGAGAUCUUCUCCGUAGCAGGCCGUUCUUCUGGAAUUCCUUUACCAUCGAACGGAUUUGAAGCGCGGUGGAGCUCCAUCGAUCUCGAGCUGUCUCUCAGCCUCUGGACGUUCCAUAUGGCGUAGAACCGGUCAUUGAUGUCUUCCCUGCUCAGAGGCAGAGAAUCAGGUCUCUGAAAGGCAAGGGAGUUGCCUCUGAGAACGUCUUGGGAAACCUUCCGCUGCCAGAAUGGAACCCUGGUUUCUUCCCAGGGGAAAGGAGUGGAACCAGCGAGGUUCCCCUUCCCAACGACUUUUUUGCCGACCUUCCUCCCGGUUUUACUACUCAUAAGUCGCUAGAGAAAGAGUCGAGGAGGAAAGUAGUCGCCGAAGGCUCCAGCUUAAUCAACGAGGUUUAUCCUUUGAACUUUGAUCUAAAUUAUUAUUUUUUUUUGUUUCCCUUUCUGAUCUUAAGUUCGUGCAGGGGAUGAGGGUGUUCAUUGCGGCGUUUGAUGGAAGUUUCCGGGAGUCGCGUAUCUCUCACUUCAAAGCCGAGGAGGCUGAAAGGGAACUCCUUCGGUUUCGGAAGGGGGUCGAAGAACAGAGCCGGAGACAGGCUGAGCUCCAUUCUCGGGCCCUUGUCCGUGCGGAGAGGAGAGGAAAGAGAGCGAUUGUCGCCGAAAUGAAGAGGAGGACUACUUUGUUUGCCAGCGAAUUCGAGAGCUUUAAGGAUGCUCAAAAAUUCGUGGGCGAUUUUCGCGAGUGCCGUGGCUCGGUUUCUACCCUCUACGAGUCGCAGAAAGAGGACUUCUCUUUUCCUGCCGAGGUCGCCGAGAUGUCGGGUCUUAUGAACGGGUGUGCCCAUGCCGAAUCCUUGGUUCCUCCGAUCGAAGGAAGGGUCCGACAGCUUUGGGACUCCAUCGAGGUCUCGGAGGACACGGCGGAAGCGGGAACCGGUGUCGGUGAUGAAGGUGCCGGAGUUGCGGACGAAGAGGUGGAUCAGCCCGUGAGCUCGUUCGGGAUCUCCAUGUCCGGGUUCCUCGACUUCGAGCUUUGAGGAUUGUUGGGAUUAUUUCCCUUAGUUUUAUUUCGAGGUUUGAUGUAUCUAGGCCGAGUGUGGCCGUAUUUGAUUUCUGUGUGUUAUGGCCUUGCGAGGCUAUGUGAACUAUGUGUUUGAGACCGGCCGUUUGGUGACUUUGGGUCCUAGCCGUUUUUUGCGGCUUCUAUAUAUAUGAUGAAUGAUUGACA